GUAUGGCUCCCCCUUUGUACCUUUUCCACAGCAGGUGCCGUAUUGGUGGCCCGUGCAAAACUUUGUUCCACCAGCAUCGGUCAAUUUUGCUGCAGCUCCGCCACAAAUGAUGGGGGGCACAACAAUGAUGAUGCCUGGAAACCCCAAUCUUGCUCCAAGUGUGUUUUCGAGAGAUGCUGACGAUGAAGUGGAGCAGCAAUACAUAAAGAAGCCACCAAAUGCCUUUAUGGUGUUUGCAAGGAAGCAUCGCAAAGCACUCAUGGGAAAACUUGAUAAAAAAGACAGCGCAUCGGUGAAUGUCAUCCUGGGAGGAAUGUGGAAUUCAUUACCACAACAAGACCAGGCCAAGUACUAUGAGGAAGCAGAUGUUGAGAGGCGACGUCAUGCCCAGUUGUAUCCCAACUGGUCCAUGUGUGACAACUAUGGAAAAAAGAGAAAGCGAAUGAGGGGCAAUGCUGCUGUUACAGAUCCUGAAGCUCCACAGCCCACAAGGAUGUGCGUGGCUCCAGUCCAGACGGGCAUGAUGGGACCUGAACGAUACCCUACACAGGGAGAAUCACAAUCUGUGAGCAACAUUGCAUGUUUGCCACAGCAGCAACCUAAAGCCAGCCUUCCUGCUUUUGUGCAUAACUUCAUGCCUCCAGCUGCACCGACUUCAUCAGCGAUGGAGUUUUCACAGCUUCUGAGCGGUGUAAAUUACAUGCCCCUUGCCCAGGAGAAAAACGCGCGACCGUCGACGGUGAAUUCAUCCGAACCUCAGAGCAUCGAGGAAGAGCUCCACGUAUUACUGGGGCGAUUUGAGGAUGAAUCCUCCACUACACAGACAGAGCAGUCCACAGCAGAGCUAAAUUUAGAGGAAGAGCUCCAAAGCUUACUGGAGCGUUUUCAUACCAAGCCCUCGACUACACAGUUGGGCACAGAUAGGCUCCAUUCUGUGUUUGAGGGUUUAGGAAUUACCGCUGCUGAUACCGGAGGGUGUUGAGUCUUGCAAAGAGUGGGAUGGCGGAGCCAACCUAUGAAGACAAAUUAAGACAUUUGUGGUUCAUAGCCACAAUUAAUGAAUCCUCAAAGUUUACAACAUGUUUAUUUUUUUAAAAUCAUGGGCAAUACAAUGCCACAGCACUUUAUUUUUUGACGAGAUCCUAUUGGUUGCUCAUUGGAAUGCACACAGGGCAAGAGGCUCCGAGCCAAUAUCUGGACUUACGUUCAGAGCCUGUGCAGAACUAGCCUGUAUGGACGUUAAUCUCUUCAUCUAGUAUUCCCCCUCAUUACUCCCUGUUGGAUUUCAACUCACGGCAAUCCCCUCGGUCAGUGUUUCAAGACAUAGGUUCUGCCUGCUACCUUGCACCUAGUAAUGAUCCCUGUAUUAUUUAUUCAAACAACUCAGUCUAGAAUUUGUUUUCCUUCUGUGUAACGCAGUUCAGACAUGAUUUCCUUUCUGAAAUUGUUUGAACAGAUGUAAUUUCAUUUUUGUUAUAGACUGAGUAGAAACAUGAACAAAACACUGCUUUAAGACCUUUUUGGCGACCAAAAGUAUUGGAACAUAUUGGUUCAAAAUGAGUAAAGAAGACUGACAUUUGCAGACAUUUACAAAAUCUUUUAUUGACACUUAU